AUGUUUCGAGUGUUGGAUAAGAAGACAGAGAUACUAAAUGUUUCAGAAAAGGAAUACGAUUAUAUUAUCGUGGGAGGUGGAUCAGCGGGAGCAGUUCUAGCUAACAGAUUAUCUGCAAAUGUGAAAAAUAAAGUAUUGUUAUUAGAAGCUGGAAAUAAUGAAAAUAUUAUUACCGAUAUACCUUUACACGCUAUUGGUUAUCAGAAAACAGAUAUUGAUUGGCAAUACUUAACAGAACCACAGAAAUAUGCAUGUCACGGUUUCGAAGAUAAAAUCUCGAGAUGGCCAAGAGGAAAGAUUCUAGGAGGUACAAGUGUCUUAAAUUAUAUGUUAUAUGUUAGAGGAAAUCAUCGAGAUUAUGAUAAUUGGGCUCGACAAGGUGCUUACGGAUGGAGUUGGAAGGAAGUAUUUCCGUAUUUUCUUAAAUCUGAAGAUAAUACGGAUAUCAAGAUUUUAAAAAAUGGAUAUCAUAAAACUGGUGGUUAUUUGACAGUUUCUUCUCCAGUAUACAUUACUCCUUUAAUGAAAUCGUUCCUUCAAGCGGGUGUAUUCGCCGGAUACCCCAUCAGCGACUUUAAUGGUGCCUUUCAAUCAAGUUUUACUUUUCCUCAGUCAACUAUUAGAUUUGGUCGAAGAUGCAGUUCAAAUAAAGCAUUUAUAGCACCAGUGAGACAUCGUCCUAAUCUAAAAAUUUUGCUCUUUUCAUUUGUUACUAAAAUUAUUUUUGAUCAUUACAAAAGAGCCAGAGCUGUUCAUUUUGAGCGCUUUAAUAAAAAAUAUACUGUAUAUGCUAGAAAAGAAAUAAUAUUAUCUGCAGGAGUUGUCAACUCUCCUCAUCUUCUGAUGUUGUCAGGUGUUGGACCUAAAGCAGAUUUAGAAAAAUUUGGAAUUCCAGUCAUUUCCAAUUUAGCUGUUGGAUAUAAUCUUCAAGAUCAUAUUCUUACUUAUGGUGGGGAAUUUUUAAUUGAUAAGCCUAUCACACACGUCCUAUAUCGUCAAUUUAGCCCAACUGAUAUAUCCAAAUACUUUAAACUGGGUAAAGGACUGUGGACUAUACCUGGAGGAAUAGAAGCUGUUGCUUAUGUAAAUACCAUAUAUGCAAAUAAAUCGAUUGAUUUCCCUGAUAUCGAAUUAAAUUUAUUCUCUGCUUCGUUAUCAUCAGACGGAGGAAAAUUUUAUAGACCAGCACUUGGGCUAAGUGAUGAAGUAUGGAAGCAAUACUUUAAGCCAUUUGCUUAUAAAGAAACAUUUUCUAUAAUACCUAUACUACUUCACCCUAAAAGUCGUGGAUACAUAAAAUUAAGAAGCGCUAAUCCUCAUGAUCAUCCGAUUAUACAGCCAAAUUAUUUAUCACAUCCUGAAGAUUUUCUAGUUCUUGUCGAAGGUCUGAAAAAAAGUCUAAAAUUAGGCGGGUCCACUGCAUUUAAAAAAUAUGGAACUCGGCCGUUUUUUACAAGAGUACCUGGAUGCGAAAAAUAUAUAAGAUUCAGUGAUGAAGAACUGCACUGUAUUGUAAAAACUUUAAGUACGACUGCGUAUCAUCCUGUCGGAACGUGUAAAAUGGGUGCCUUUGAAGAUCCAACUACUGUUGUGGAUCCUCAACUAAAAGUGAAAGGAGUAUCGAGGUUAAGAGUCGUCGAUGCAUCAGUCAUGCCAACUAUUAUCUCGGGGAAUACCAAUGCACCAACAAUUAUGAUCGCAGAAAAGGCAGCUGAUAUGAUACUUGGAAGCAAUUAUUUAUAACAUAUUUUAUCUGUACU